AAUGUGUGGUUACCAUCAUUAGUCUGAAAAGGUGAGGUACAGUAUGUCAACAAUGCAUUUCCAUCACUCCACACCAAUGAAUCCAUCACUCCACACCACUGAAGUCUCAGCCAACAUCAUGGCAGCAGUAGGACUCCUCUGGCUUGUGAUCGCCACAGCCUCCAUCCUUGUCAAAUGUGAGGAUGCAAAAUCUGAAGACAAAAACAUCUACCCAGCAAAGAUCUUUGGACUGUCUAAUGUGACUAAAGGAGUAAAUGUCCAUUUUAUAUGUAGCAUUACUGGCAUCAGAGGACCUGAGGAAAAGUUAAAUGUUUACCUUUGCAAGAAUGGAGUUGGGAUAAGAAUUGCGAAGCUGGAGAAAGGUGAAAAUGACGCUAUUUUCACCAUGAAGGAUGUUACAAGAGAAGACUCAGGCAACUACAGCUGUGUUUACACCAGAGAUAAACCUGUACCCAGUCACUUACAGUCAACAGGGGAGAAUUUAAUAGUCUUUCAUGUCGAUGGAGAAUGGAAAGAGAUCUACCCAGCAAAGAUCUUUGGACUGUCUAAUGUGACUGAAGGAGUAAAUGUCAAUUUUAUAUGUAGCAUUACUGGCAUCAGAGGACCUGAGGACAAGUUAAAUGUUUACCUUUGCAAGAAUGGAGUUGGGAUAAGAAUUGCGAAGCUGGAGAAAGGUAAAGAUGAUGCUAUUUUCACCAUGAAGGAUGUUACAAGAGAAGACUCAGGCAACUACAGCUGUGUUUACACCAGAGAUAAACCUGUACCCAGUCACUUGAAGUCAACAGGGGAGAAUUUAAUAGUCUUUCAUGUCGAUGGAGAAUGGAAAGAGGGACUACAUAAUAUGGGAGGACAAGGCAGAGCAGGACUGGCAGCAGCCUUGGUCCUCCUGUUCCUGACUCUGUCGUUACUGCUGUUACUGUGGAGGUGCUGGGGGAUCCUGAAACCAAUGAUAGGCAUUGACCAUCAACCAAGUGAGACUCAGGAUACGGAUCAAACAUACUGUCUAAUCUCAGUUGUACCAGUCGCAGCUGGUGUAAUCUCUCCAACUGAUCCUACAGGAAAUGAGGCACUGCACAGUGUAAUAACUAGAGUGAAAAGACCAGAACAGCAGGGUGAAACUGCCAUCUAUGCCAAAGUGACCAAAACAAAGAAGGAGAAAGAAAAACAGGACCCUGUUUACAGUCUGCUGAACAGAGAAGACACCAUGAUACUGUAGUAGUGCUAUACUGUAGUGCUAUACUGUAGUGCUAUAUAGUAGUGCUAUACAGUAGGGCUAUUGUCACGCCCUGACCUUGGAUAUCUCUGUUUUCUUUAUAUUUUGGUUAGGUCAGGGUGUGACUAGGGUGGGUAUGCUAGUUUUUGUAUUGUCUAGGGUUUUUGUAUGUCUAGGGUUUUUGUAUGUCUAGGGUUGUUGUAUGUCUAGGGUUGUUGUAGGUCUAGGGUUUUUUGUAUCUCUAUGUUGGCCUGAUAUGGUUCUCAAUCAGAGACAGCUGUUCAUCGUUGUCUCUGAUUGGGGGAUCAGCCAUUUCCCAUUUGUGUUUCGUGGGAUCUUGUCUAUGUGCCUGUCAGCACUCGUUUGUAUAGCUUCACGUUUCGUUUUGUUAUUUUGUUAGUUUGUUCAGUGUUCAUUCUUUAAAUACAUAAGAAUGUACACAUACCACUCUGCGCCUUGGUCCGAUCCUUAUAAUGAACGUGACAGCUAUAUAGUAGUGCUAUACAGUAGGGCUAUACAGUAGUGCUAUACAGUAGGGUUAUAUAGUAGUGCCUUACAGCAGUGCUAUACAGUAAUGCUGUACAGUAGUGCUAUACAGUAGUGCUAUACAGUAGUGCCAUACAGUAGUGCUAUACUGUAGAGCUAUACUGUAGUGCCUUAUAGUUGUGCUAUACAGUAGUGCUAUACUGUAAUGCUAUACUGUAGUAUAUGACAUGUGAAUAGAGUCUGAGGAUAUUAAUACUGUACACCUAGGCAUAUGCCAAGAUGUGUUUUUUAAAUACUGAUUUGGUUUUGAACUUCAUUUGAUGCAUUCUGCAGUCUGGGUGCUAUCUUUGAGCCUAGCAAAGAUGUAGAAGACAUUAUUCGACCUUUUAUUCAAUAAAAACAAACCAAGCUUGAAUAAGCUAUAUUAAAGCUAUAUUAAUUCAAACAAA